AUGGGCAGCGGUGCGUCUGCCCACGUCUACCGGCGCCGGCUCCUGCUCAGACAGCACAACGACGACCCGAAUGUCUUGAACACCGAGCGUCUCGCACUGGCAUUGGCGCGAUGCGCAUCGGACCACCGGGGCACGAUCCCGCUGGCCGAGAUCGCGACGAUGCUGACGCGCGAGUAUGGGCUAUGCAUUGCCGUCGACGAUCUUCUCGGUAGCUUGCAGCGUUUUGGCUGUGCGUGCGAGGCCUCCACCACGGGCAUUUGUAUCGCCGACACGGCGCCGCUUCUGGCCUUUCUGGCACCCCGGGACGUUGCACCGCGAGCGACGCCGACCAUCUGGGUCGCAUGCAAGCUCGGACAACUUGAUGUCGUCAAGUCCCGGCUACAGGAUGGCGUCAGUGCGUGGAGUGAGCGCGACGCCUUCGACAACCUUCCGAUCUACUAUGCCAGUCUUUGUGGCCACAAGGACGUUGUCGAGCUCCUCUUAUCGUGCUACUCCACUCAUCGCAACGACGUGACGCUAAGUGAAGCCGAUCGGCUCCGAUGUGCGACGAAUGCACUCCGCCCCGACAUCAAGCGCUGCCUCCAAUCGUUCGGGCAACCAAACGCGACGACCAAACGAUCAACUCGGAAGGCGUCCACGCGCCAGCCGCGAAACGCGUCAAAGAAACAAGAAAAAAGACCCGAAGACGACGACGCCGAUUUCGAAGCGAUGGUCUCUGGCUGGUUCGACGACGAGUAGCGGAGCGUUCCAUGAUGGGUCGCGUCUUGGAUUGCUGAGAUGAGGAAUGGAAGAUGAGAUAUGCGUC